AUGGGAAAGAGCACUUAUGGGACUGUCUAUAAGACCACAUUAAAGGAUGGGAAUCAAGUUGCAGUGAAAAGAUUAAGAGAAAAGAUCUCAAAGGGCCAGAAAGAAUUCGAAAACGAGGUUGAUGUGCUCGCUAGAGGACCUGAUACGCCAAUUGAUUGGCAAACAAGAAUGCAAAGAGCACAGGGCAUGACGCGUGGCCUGUUCUACCUGCACGACAAUGAGAAUAUCAUACAUGGGAACCUUGUAUCAAGCAAUGUCCUUCUUGAUGAGCACAAAAAUGCAAAAAUUGCAGAUUAUGGACUAUCCCGGCUAAUGACAGCUGCUGCCAACACUAAUGUAAUUGCAACUGCAGAAGCAUUAGGAUAUCAAGCACCAGAGCUUUCAAAGCUUAAGAUAGCAAAAACACAAAAACAGAUGUGUACAGCCUUGGAGUGUACUUUGGAACUUCUUACCGGGAAGUCUCCUGGUGAGCCAAUGAAUGGUGUGGAUUUGCCUCAACGGAUUGCCUCUAUUGUCAAAGAAGAGUGGACUAAUGAAGUUUUUGUCUUGGAAUUGAUGAAAGAUGCCUCAAUAAUCGGUGAUAAGUUGCUUACCACAUUGAAAUUGGCUUUGCAUUGUGGUGAUCCCUCACCUUCAACACGACCAGAAGUUCAACAAGCUCAGCAAUUGGAAGAGAUUAGACCAGAGACAGCUUUAAGUCCCGGACCUUCCAGAGAUGAUGAUGCAGGGGUUCCUUCAACAAAUGGGGAAGGGACUCCAGAAAUGGGGUUACUUAUUUGGUGGCCAGAGAGUUUAGGAAAUAGAAGGGGUUCUCCCAAUUGA